AUGUGUCAAUCAGUCUCAAAGCACGAACAACCUGAGAACCCUGAGGAAGCUCACCACGGGAUUGCAUACAAAGAUCUCUCGCCGGAACAACAAGAAAUGAGCGAUAUUCUACACAAAACGGAGAGCUUUAAUCUGGACCUGUUAGGCAUUGCGGACCUUGGCCGAGAUGGAGUUUUCCGCUUUCUCGAUGCUGAUCGCAAUAUCCACUAUGCGAUUGCGUUGAGACCAGCAUUGAUAAAGGCUCUAUUGGACCGUUUGCCUUAUGAUGAAGAGGAAGAAAAGUUCUGGCGGGGAGUUGAUGGAACAAAAGUUCCAAAAGAACAGUGGUAUAAUCCACCCCCCCGGGAUCCUCCCCCCACCAUUGUCUGA